AUGGAAUCGAGCGAAGAAGAAGAUAGCAUAGAAAAUCACCCAUCAUUGCCCCCUAAUUAUCUUUCCCUAGCCCAGCUCCGAGACCAAUGGCUUCAGAAGCAGAAGAAGAAGCAAAUAGAUGAAGAGGCAAAGCAAAAUCAAGAGCAGGAGAAGGAGAGGGAGAAGCAGAAACAACCAGAACGACAAGGAAAACUGGUGGCGGCGUCACAGCGUCUGCGACAGGAAAAGGGGAAGAAGAAAGUGGUCGAAGAAGAACCGGGCAGGGGAAGGAAUGCGUGGAAAAGAGUAGAGGGUUCCCAGAAGUUCUAUGUGUCUCAGCGUGCAUUGGGUGCAAAUACUACAGAAAUCGGCGGGGAUGAGAGACAGUUGAAAUCUGAAGAGUGCACAAAGCAAGGUUCUACCCAUCAAGGAGUUGCCGGAGUUGGUGGGCAGGAAGAAACAAUUGCCGGUGAGAGGAAGAAGAAAAAGAAGAAGAGGAAGAAUUGGGGCAAAAGGGGGAAUCGGGCUAAUGGGAACCCAGUUGGAGCUCUGGAAAGCCCGGAAAAUUUGGAAGAUUCUAAUUGCAUAGAUGACGGGGAAGACAAACGUAAGGGAGGAUUAGGUAGAAAUGCUACUGGGAAUAGAGAGGUUGAGGGGAAGAUUAAUGUGUCUAUGAAUGGGGUUGUGCCGGACUAUAAAGGAGAGCUAGUGAACUUAUUCUCUGCGGGUGGAAAAUGUGGGCAUGAUGAGGAGUUUAAGGUACAAGAUUUGGGAAAUCAAGAUGACCACAGGUUGGUACAUACUGUUUUUAGUGUGAGUACAGUGAAGUGGUCGCCAAAGAGUAUGGCAGAGGAAAAAGUUCAUGUGGCUAGAAAUGGGGUUGAUCAAGAGAUGCUAGAAGCAGGAAAUGUUGGUAUGGCUGCAGUCUCACCAGAACUCAAUCGAGAGGAUUGUUCAGUAAGUGUUGGAAGAAAUAAAAGAGGGGAAGGAAGAGCUAGCUAUAGGCACAAGAGGAAUGUUCAUAAUCUGAGGAAUACAAGAGACUCCAGUGAUAGUAAAAUGGAGUUGGGAUGCGAGAAAAAUGUGGAAGAGGAAAGAGUUUUGGAUAAAGAACAUGAAAGGAAUGGCAUGCAGAAGGAGAAGACUGAUAGGGCCGCUCAACCAGGUGGUGACAAGACAGUGGUUGAAGAUAACCUGACUCCAAAAAUUAGAAGGGAUUUGAGGUUUCUAUCAUUAGAGGAAAACAAAGAGGGAAAUGCUGCAUUGAGGAAGGGACAGCAUGGUCGGCCAAAGAGAGGAUUUGGGAAGUCAAAAGAUGGAUUUGGGAAUUCUAGAGACUCCACUGACAGUAAAAUGGAGUUGGGAUGCGAGAAAAAUGUGGAAGAUGAAAGUGCUUUGGAUAAAGAACAUGAAAGGAAUGCCGUGCAGAAGGAGAGGACUGCUAGGGCAGCUUAUCCAAAUGAUAGCAAGACAAUGGUUGAAGAUAACCUGACUCCAAAAAUUGGAAAGGAUUUGAAGUUUCUAUCAUUGGAUGGAAACAAAGAGGGAAAUGUUGCAUUGAGGAAGGGACAGCAUGGUUGGCGAAAGAGAGGAUUUGGGAAGUCAAAAGAUCCCAAAGGUCUUGUUUGGGUGAAAAAGGGGGAGAAUUCAGACAGCAAUGCAGCUGCAACUUAA